CAUCAAAAGUUUUAAAAGUAAAACUAGUACUUUAGAAAUCAAGAAAUUAAUGUAUAAACUUGAAAAGUUGCUUGAACAUGGAGCGAUGGAGAAAAGCUCCUUUUAAAAUAUACAUUCAAGACAUUUUUCGCGCCAAGCAAUCGGAGAACAACAAAUAUGUUUAUGAAAUGUUUGGGAUUAAGUUUAAAAAUGUUUUAUUACACGGUGUUGUAACAGCCGUGUAUAAUACUUCGGAACGCUUCACUAACUUUGAAUUGAAUGAUCCAACAGGAACAGUGCAAGUGUACUAUAACUUCACAAAGGCCAAUAAACAUGUAAACGCAGAAUGUAUGAAAGAUAUUGUUCAAAGCUUUGCAAAAGUAUCGCGCUUCCCUGAUAAAGAUGUAAAAACAAUGUCCUUCAUGCUAGAAAGGAUUGAAAAGAGAAAUUCAAAUUUAAAUUUAAAAAAAGGUGAUUACAUAAGUGUGCUCGGUGAUAUUUUUGUAGAUGAUUUAAAAGAUACAAGAAUGAUUUCAGGAUAUGACUGUAAUGUAACCAGUAUUGAAAAAGAUAUCAUUUGGAUGGAAGAAAUGAGAGACAUAUAUGAUAGGUGUUAUCUUAGGUAAAAAUAAUAAUUAAGAGUUGUAUUAUGUAACUAUUUAUUUUAGAUUUUAAAAUAUACCAUAUUUUAAAAUAAAA